AUGAGAAGCCAUGAAUGGCAUCUUAAUCCCUACUCUCUCUCAUGCUCAUGCCCAUACUUCUCUUUCGUCUUCCACACUGCUUCUCUUUGUUUUCUCUCUCUAACUCUUCACUACCCAAUUCCCAUUUCCUUGGCCGAAAAAUCGCCCUCAAAGUCGAUUCUUUCGGGCAUUGCGAACACCAAGUCUUGGUUCCAGUUCUAUGGCAGCGGCUUUGCCAUUCGCGUUCCUCCUCAGUUCGAGGACAUCAUGGAGCCCGAGGAUUAUAAUGCUGGAUUAUCUCUUUAUGGAGAUAAGGCUAAGCCAAAGACCUUUGCAGCACGGUUUGCAUCUUCAGAUGGAUCUGAAGUUUUAAGUGUUGUCAUUCGCCCAUCCAAUCAACUCAAGAUCACCUUUUUAGAGGCUAAAGAUAUAACAGAUUUGGGUUCAUUGAAGGAUGCAGCAAAAAUAUUUGUUCCAGGUGGGUCAACUCUAUACUCUGCUCGCUCAAUAAAAAUUAAAGAAGACGAAGGUUUCAGGACUUACUACUUUUAUGAGUUUGGUCGAGAUCAACAACAUGUUGCAUUAGUAGCUACUGUCAACAAUGGAAAGGUAUUUAUUGCUGGAGCUCCUGGCCCAAGAGAGAGCACAUGCAUAUGUGUGUUGUUUUUCUCUCUCCCAUGUGACCCACUCUUCAACCUAUACUUUUUCUUUUUUAUUCUUUACCCACACUCCUGUUUCCCACGUUGCUCAGAUUCUCCAACCUAUAUUUUUUCUUUUUCAUUACACUCCUGUUCCCCACUCCACUUUCUUUUCUUUUUUAUAUUUAUUUUACUCCAUCUUUUGAAAAGAAACCGAAACAUCCACUGGUUUGCACAUCCAUCAUCUUACUUUUCCAUUAGUGGUAGGACCCGACCAAACAAAUUUGAAUCUCACAUUUCCUUUUUAUUUUUUAUUUUUAUUCCUUUCACAUUCACACAUUUCUCUUCAAUUUUAUUCACAUACUUCUCUUCAAAUUUAUUUUCUUUUAUUUUCAAAACAAAAAAAAAAAGAAGAAGAAGAAGAAGAAGAAGAAGAAGCAGCAGAAGCAGAAGCACUGCACACCAAACUCAUUUUAUUCAUGUUGGGGCUCACCCCGAUCACCAUGUUCCAACACCCACAUCCACCGGCGGGAUUUUUCUUCUCUACUCUGCCGCCGGUCUCCUCUUUUUGCCUCCGUCCUGGGCGGCCCUUGACGUUGCUGCCUCUAUGUUUCCUAGACCACCAAGCAAGUUGCCUCCUCCUUGCUCCUCCACUGCAGCAUAUGGCGGACCUCCAAAUCGGAACAUCACGGUGGCCUUCCGCUUCAGCUCUUUGUUUUCCGCCUUUAACACACUUAUCUCUGCUCGCGCAUCCUUAUACAUGCGCUGGAAAAACAUUCAAGCUACACAGAAAUUCAUCAUUGGCUUGGAUGCCAGAUGA